AUUCAACUGAUGUGAGUCGCUAAACUAAUGUUUUAUGUUUGCUGCACUGCACAGAGUGCUCUUUGACUCCUGCCAAAAUAUGCAGGUAAUUAUAAAUUACAUUUUUAUGAUACACAAAAAAAUUAAAAUUGAUGAACACGACCUCAGUGUCCUUAGCUAAUGCUAAUGCUCAGUCUGAAAAGUUAGUGAUGAAUUUUAGCAACGGCAUUUAGUAAAUAUUUAAAAAAUGUUUUUUUCUGCAGAUCUUAUACUUAUUAUCAGUCUACUUGUACAAUUGAAUGUAAAAAUGAACUCAACUUAGAAGCUGGUAUAUUAUAUUGGAUAUAUUAGCUAGCGCUGAGAAAGACGGAUAGAAAAAAAACAUCAUAAAAGUGCCGUACGUGCAGAGAUUGAAUAUUUUCCCCCCAUUCGUUCAGAGAUUUGCAGGUGAGCCUAUUUGAAUCUUAUAUUCUAAAAAGGUACAUUUUCUGAAUUGUGAUGUAUAUUUCCAACAGGGAAACAGACGAGGAUGAAAACAGUGGAUAUUCUUCUGAGAAAUGACCCUAUGUUCAGGUCCUGAGAAGAUCAGUGAUCAUCUGGAUGUCUGAAAUCAUGGGGAUUUGAAGAUCGGAUCACCACCGUAUGGGCUUUUGUCCAGGUCCAAAGGUUUUCGUUGAGACGGCUGAGGACUUCGAAGCUCCUUGAGAUGUAGAGCCGAGAAGACGCAGGAGAAGGUCCCUCUGGAUGGACAUCCUGUGUUUCAUCCACUGACAGCAGGGAGCGUGAGAGCACUGAGAAGCAUGAACACAGAGAGGAAUGUGUUUCCUUCUGCUGGCACACCUACGUUGUGGUCAAUACUGGUCCAGGUUGGAGGAAAAUAGGUGAUAAUGGUCAUCAGGAGAUGACCCUUUGAGUUAAUGCCUCCGUUUUUGGACGUUAAGGCCAAAGGUUCUGACUGUGAAGUUGCUGGAAAGGUUUUUUGUUCAAGAUUGGACAACAACAGGUCCUUCACUGUGAGCGUCUGAUUGGACAACGCAUGGCCUGUGGUAAGACCUGACAGCCAGCACCCCACAGAGGAAGCUUCAAGGAAACAUCACAUUUUAUAUGACACUAUAAUAAGUGUUGUGUAGUGCAGCGUCGUCUUUUGACGGGAUAGAAAUCUGAUCACAGGCCUGGAGACAAACUGCAUCUUUUGUGAGCAUCACCACUUUAGUAGGUCAGCGCCGCCGUUGGAAAAGUGACAGUGCCGCUGGUAUUAAAAUGACAGGAGGGGGUUCUGCUGACAUGGAGUCAGAAAUGAUUGACUGAUUAGUCUUGGGUCCACCCCAAUGGAUUUCAUUGGUUGAGAGACCUGAUGACACCAGUCCCAGUCCAAUACUGAUCAACAUCCCACCCCUCCUGUGAUCUACGGUUUAUCAGCAUUACUAGUGGGCCCAAUAUGGACAGGAGGAAUCAAAUGGAUUUUUCUCUAAGCGAACAGAAAUGAGUUAACUGGGGAAUAUAUAAGGCAUCUAAAUCAGCGGUCUGUGCGAUGCCAGGACGAACACUUUACACUCUCCUUCCCCGAACUCUUAGCUCAAUGUGUGAAGUCAGCUUCUUCCAGAUGCUCGGUUCUGCACUGCCCUCAGCUGGAAUAGAAGUGUAACAACACGCUUACUAAUGCGCAUGAGUACAUACAACAAACAAAAUGUUAUUUAUUACAUUAGAUUAAAACCCAAGUCAAGCCAUUUACAUUUUUUAUUAUCUAAUUAUGAUGAAGAAAUCUGCAGCAGUUUCAUUAUCAGUAUCAUCCAAUGGCAGAGGAGAGGGAGAAGAUGAAAAAUACUGUCAGACAAGCUUUUUAAAACCAAGAGCGAACCAAGAGUCAGAAUAAUGUCAGCAUAUUUUCACCCCACCUCCAAUCUGUGCAGCAGUGUUCCAACAUUCACAGAAAUGUGAUCCGUGGCCAGGCUUUUGGUUUAAUAUCGCCCCCUGCUGCUCUAGCCUCGUUCCUUCACCACUGUACGGCAGCAGCCGCAUCAGCAGCAACGGGACAGGAGGACUGCCUGUCUGCACAGAGGCAGUGAGAACAGCCCUAUAAUAAACAGCACCAUCACAGACGAACACCGACCAGCUACAGACACAAUGGUGAACUUCACUGUAGACCAGAUCCGUGCCAUCAUGGACAAAAAGUCCAACAUCAGGAACAUGUCCGUGAUUGCACACGUGGAUCAUGGCAAGUCCACACUGACCGACUCCCUGGUGUCCAAGGCGGGAAUCAUUGCUUCUGCUCGUGCUGGAGAGACACGUUUCACAGACACACGUAAAGAUGAGCAGGAGCGCUGCAUCACCAUCAAGUCCACGGCCAUCUCUCUGUUCUACGAGCUGGGAGAGAAUGACUUGGCGUUCAUAAAGCAGUGUAAAGAUGGAAACGGCUUCCUCAUCAACCUGAUCGAUUCUCCGGGUCAUGUGGACUUCUCCUCCGAGGUCACCGCCGCCCUCAGGGUCACCGACGGAGCCCUGGUGGUGGUGGACUGUGUCUCAGGUGUGUGUGUACAGACCGAGACCGUCCUGCGGCAGGCCAUCGCCGAGCGCAUCAAACCGGUUCUGAUGAUGAACAAGAUGGACCGUGCUCUGCUUGAGCUGCAGCUGGAGGCGGACGAGCUGUACCGGACGUUUCAGCGCAUUGUGGAGAAUGUCAACGUCAUCAUCUCCACUUAUGGAGAGGAUGAAACAGGGCCCAUGGGAAGCAUCAUGGUUGAUCCCGUCAUCGGCACCGUCGGGUUUGGGUCUGGUCUUCACGGCUGGGCGUUUACCUUGAAGCAGUUUGCCGAGAUGUACGUGGCCAAGUUUGCUGCUAAAAGCUACGCUAAGAUGGGACCGGCAGAGAGGUGUAAGAAGGUGGAGGACAUGAUGAAGAAACUGUGGGGAGACCGGUAUUUUGAUCCAAGUGCUGGUAAAUUCAGUAAAAACCCUACUGGUCCAGAUGGUCAGAAGCUUCCACGCACCUUCUGUCAGUUAGUUCUGGACCCCAUCUUUAAGGUCUUCGAUGCCAUCAUGAACUUCAGAAAGGAGGAAACAGCCAAACUCAUUGAAAAGCUGGACGUCAAGUUAGACUCUGAGGACAAGGAUAAGGAAGGUAAGCCUCUGCUGAAGGCUGUGAUGCGUCGCUGGCUGCCUGCCGGUGACGCCCUGCUCCAGAUGAUCACCAUCCACCUGCCCUCCCCCGUCACUGCGCAGAAGUAUCGCUGUGAGUUGCUCUACGAAGGUCCUGGAGACGACGAGGUCGCCAUGGGUGUUAAGAACUGUGACGCCAAGGCUCCGUUGAUGAUGUACAUCUCCAAGAUGGUCCCAACCACUGACAAAGGCCGUUUCUACGCCUUUGGACGCGUCUUCUCUGGGUGUGUGUCCACUGGACAAAAAGUACGUAUCAUGGGGCCAAACUUUACUCCUGGCAAAAAAGAAGACCUCUUCAUCAAACCCAUCCAGAGGACCAUUCUGAUGAUGGGUCGCUAUGUUGAGCCUAUUGAAGAUGUCCCAUGUGGCAACAUUGUGGGACUUGUCGGAGUGGACCAGUUCCUUGUCAAGACAGGAACUAUAUCCACCUUUGAACAGGCUCACAACAUGAGAGUGAUGAAGUUCAGCGUCAGUCCAGUGGUGAGAGUUGCUGUAGAGGCCAAGAACCCUGCAGACCUGCCCAAACUAGUGGAGGGUCUGAAGCGCCUGGCCAAAUCUGACCCAAUGGUCCAGUGCAUCAUAGAGGAGUCUGGGGAGCACAUCAUCGCUGGAGCAGGAGAGCUGCAUCUAGAGAUCUGCCUCAAAGACCUGGAGGAAGACCAUGCCUGCAUUCCACUGAAGAAAUCAGACCCGGUGGUGUCUUACAGAGAGACGGUAUCAGAAGAGUCAGACCAGUUGUGUUUGUCCAAGUCUCCAAACAAGCACAAUCGUCUCUUCAUGAAAGCACGUCCCUUCCCAGACGGCCUGGCUGAAGACAUCGAGAAGGGAAGUGUCGCAGCCCGACAGGAGCUCAAGGCCCGUGCCCGUUACCUCACAGAAAAGUAUGAAUGGGAAGUGACAGAAGCCAGGAAAAUCUGGUGCUUCGGUCCGGACGGAACGGGCCCCAACCUGCUCAUAGAUGUCACGAAGGGUGUCCAGUACCUGAACGAGAUCAAGGACAGCGUAGUGGCUGGUUUCCAGUGGGCAACUAAAGAGGGGGUUCUUUGUGAGGAGAACAUGCGUGCUGUUCGCUUUGACAUACAUGAUGUCACACUGCACGCAGACGCCAUUCACCGUGGCGGAGGGCAGAUUAUCCCCACAGCUCGUAGUGUCUUGUACGCCUGUCAGCUCACUGCUCAGCCAAGACUCAUGGAACCAAUUUAUCUGGUGGAGAUACAGUGUCCUGAGCAGGUAGUGGGCGGGAUCUAUGGUGUGCUGAACAGGAAACGAGGUCACGUGUUUGAAGAGUCUCAAGUGAUGGGGACUCCCAUGUUUGUGGUAAAAGCCUACUUGCCAGUCAAUGAGUCCUUUGGCUUCACUGCUGAUCUCCGCAGCAACACUGGAGGCCAGGCUUUUCCUCAGUGCGUCUUUGACCACUGGCAGAUUCUCCAGGGAGACCCUAGUGAUGCCACCACCAGAGCCUUCCAGGUGGUUGCUGAAAUUAGGAAACGCAAAGGUCUAAAAGAAGGCAUUCCUCCCCUUGACAAGUAUUUGGACAAACUGUAAAGACUGGGCCUAAAUUUAGAAAACAAAGUCAGUCUCUAAACCCUACCCCAUGGGCACUUUAAAAUCUUUGCACAGGCUUAAAGAUGCAUAUGUUGCACGUUGUGUUGACUUUACCCUCCAGUGCAGAAUGACGGAAAUGAUGCAGGAACAAAGUGAGGCUCCGGUUUUCAUUGUGAGCCUGUAAAUGUGGCUUCUUUUUUUUCCAUUUCACUGCUAUGAAACACCAAGUGCCUAGGGCAGGGUUUAGUGUUUAACAAUUGGAUCAAAACAUUGGUAUUAUGGAUUCUUGUUUCUUCUGUUUCUCUAUAUCGCGACUCUUUACAUCACCCAUCUCCCAGGGCGAUAGCAUACACUGCUGCAAUAACGAAUAUCUGAAAGGGCCGUGACCGGAUAAAACCUUCAAAGUCAUAAAGUCUGACUUCGGAUAGAUGCUCGGUGAAGAAUAAAACGUUCAACUUACAAGGAAAAUUACACUUUGAGCGUUGUUGGGUUUUUUUUGUUGACAAUAAAUAACCCAUCUAAGAACAUUG